UGUCACGGUGUUAUCGGCGAUCUAGCGGAGUGGUAGGUAGUGUUAAGUGGGGUUGUGUACACCAGUGCUUCGAUCGAUCAGUAUUUCUUACGGUUGUGGUGGAGAACGCGCGGCUCGUUUGUACAAAAUGCGGGAACUAUUUCUGUGUGCUUUGCUGGGAUUAGCAACUGCCAGAGAGAAUGACUGGCAGCCAAUUGUUCCGGAAUCGCCCCUACUCUAUACAAGCUUUUCGAAACCGGAAAGAGCUUUAGAUCCUGGUUUGUUAAAGAUCGUGAACCGAAGGCCCGUCCUACGACCGACUUAUAGCAGCAAGCCUAACCCUUAUAGCUCGGCGCCAGCACCGCCAACUGAUUCUUGCAGCGUGUAUAAAGUUUCCAUGAACCAAGAGUUAUUCUACCAGUAUGUAGAGUAUGAGGCAAAUCUGCCCGAUUUAAAAGAAUUUACCUUGUGUAUGUGGAGCAAGUUUCAUAAUCAUAGCGAAGAUCAUCCACUAUUCUCAUAUUCUGUGGGAUCUAAUCCAAAGGAAAUAUCGUCCUGGAUAUCAAAUACAAAGGAGGCUAGUUAUUUCAGUAUGGCGGUGCACGGACAGACGUUCUUUAGGCUAAAUUACCCUCUGAAGCUUAACACUUGGUAUCACUCUUGCCAGUCAUGGAACGGUAAAACAGGAGAAUGGCAGGUGUGGGUGAAUGCUGAGAGAGUAGGCAGAGGUUUUCAUAAUCGACUUGUUGGUCAUGUAAUCAAAGGAGGCGGAACUAGUAUAACUGGACAAGAACAAUCUCUUCUGUACAAAAAAGAUGGCGCCCAACCUAUAAUAAAACAAUCCGGAUUCAUAGGAGAAGUUACUAUGCUUCAAUUGUACCACGUCGCUUUGACUGCGGGAAAAGCCCACAGGGAUCACAAACAUCACCACGUUCAUCACUUUAAGCACGACGGAACUCCUUUGGAAAGUACAUCUGAGCCAGCCACUGAAGCACCUGAACCUCCAGCGAUUCCGAUUGGUAACGGUAACUUUUUAAUCGGAGGUCAAUUGCAAAGGCCCGCUGACCUAAAUUUGGCCCAACCUCAACAAAUGGUGCCCGCUAAACUGGCCAAUGGUCUACAGUUUCAACAAGAGUAUGUCAAUGGACAACUAGGAAACAGAAUAGUUUCAGAGCAACUACUGAACAGUGUGCAAUCAUUGCAAACAAACCAAAUUUAUGGAGCUAGUAAUAAACAGUCAUCGUUCCUCGCCUUACCAAUAUCAACAUCAGUGGGUCAAAGUCAACGAAAUCCAACAAGAACCUUUGGGCCAGGAAAGGGUACUACGGUUCUUCUGUCAGGAUCUCUCAUUAAUCCUGCUAAUGUUCAAUAUAUCGACGAUAUAAAUAAUUCGCAUAAUCUAUACAAAAGGGAUUCUAAAAAGCGCGACAAAAGAGAUAAUCCAGAAAAAGAAGUAUCUGAUGAUUUAAGGAAGGGAAAAAAAGACAAACGAGGACUCGUUUCUCUGUCAGACGGAUCCAUAGUCGAUGAAGCUCUACUGAGUCCAGAUCUUUUUGAUACCAAAGAAGACGAAAUUCUCUUCCAAUUAUCACUUCAGAAUGGCUUAGCUGGUGUUGUAGGAAAUCAACCGGUACAAAACUUACAAAGGAUGAAUGUCGAUGAAAGAGAACCCGCAGAAGCAGAAGUUAAAGCAGUAAUGGAAGUAUGCAGUGGUUGUACUCCAGAACCGUUCAAGAAAGCGCUUAUUUUGUCCUGGAGAAAUACACCGAAGAAACUUUACAGUGGGGCACAUUAUUACAAAGGGUUACCAAUUUGUCGAGCAUUCUAAUUUAAUAAAUGAAUAAUUAGAUUAGGUAAAUUGUUAAGACCAAUAAGAACGUAAUAUGCCCACUUAUGUUAUAAAUAUAUUUUAUAACUUAACCUGGGAUUGAAGCUGGUUGUUGUGUAAAUUUUUUUUAACAUAUGAAUACUAACAAUACUUCUAGUUUCCAGUACUUAGACUUAAAAAGGUAAGUGUAAAAGAUGUGAGCCAUAUUAGACAAAUAUUUUUGUAUUCUAAGCAAAUAAACAUAUACACAAUAAGAACGACCAGUAAAAUUUUAGUUGAACAAAAUUUCUAAAGUAAACUGUUUGCAAUAAAUUCAAAAUUCUAAUUAUAAUUCAUAUUAGUGCACGUCUUAGCGUUUUUCUGACAUUUAAUUUAACAGCCCCAUAAAAUCAAAACAACUGAUUAGACAUUAUAAAUACCACUUCAAACUUGCCAUCACAAAUUAUUUAUUUUAGUAAGUAAGUCAACAGGUUCUGCUAUAUAUGUACUCGUAUAUGUAUAUUUUAGUUUUAAGUUUCUAACCAAACUGUUACCAUUCUUUUAAAUAUGUAAUAAAUAAAUGAAUAUUUUCUUUUCGUUGAUUAAUAACUGAGAAAUUUUACAA